AAAGACAAUCAAAUUGCCUACGUAGCUUUCUCUUAAAAACCUUCAGCACCGACCGUACAAUCAACCACCGCCACCGCCACCGCCAUGCCAGGCCCGGGCCCGCACACGAUAUACGCGCUCGGGUCGGGCCAGGCGUUGAUGUACGCAUCGGGCGGGAGGUUCGGGCCGCACCACUGUGUGACGUACGCCAUCAACGCCUUCUUCGGACCGGACAUGGGUUCGUUCGCCGACUGGCUGUCCUCCUUCUCUCCCGGGUCGGGUCGGGUCCUCGGAUCCUCCGUGGAGCACUGGAUCCACCACCCGUUUUACUAUCCUCUCAUUCUGAGCCUCCCCUUGUCGCUGCUCUACAGUCGCCUCUCCCGACUCCUCCUCCGCAAAGGCAUCCUCAGUGGGGUGAGUCACCGUCCGUACAUAAUCCGAUCGGCCGAGGCAGCUCUAAACUUGAGACAGUGCAUUUUGUUGAUCUCUGCCGGAUCUUUGUCGCAUUUUUUCUUGGAUCAUUUGUUCGAGGAGAAUGGACAUACCUCCAUGUACACUUGGAUAUUAAGCACUGGCUGGUGGGAAACACGCGCAUCGAUCAAUCUCGACUCCGUGGUUGUUAUUUCCAUCUUGUGCACAGUCUUAAUCGGAGGAUUUAUAUACAUCCACAGAUUGAAAUCGGAACACCGGAAAUCGAUGAAGCUUAUAGUGGCAGUUGCCGGCGCAUAUUGCCUUUGGUGUGCCAGCCAGAUUUAUGUGGUUGUUCCGCGGCGACCGGCUGUAGGUGAAGAGGCUGAUUUGGGGGUUCUUGUGUUCCUUGCUGUGUUCUAUUUCUUGCCUCAUUGGUUUUGCAUUAUGUCGAUGAAUCCGGCAGCUGAUUCGACGCGCCACCUUCCACUUUGAAAUCACUCGACUUCGACUUCAACUUAUCUUUGCACUUGGGGCAAUGACGCAGCUAGUCAUGAGGUUUUAAAGAAGAUGCAGGCUGAAAACUAUUUCCCAAAACCUCUAUUCGGCCGGGCUGGCUUGAUUCGAGAAGUCGAGAAUUUCUGGAAAAGUCCAUUGAAAAUAAACUUCUGGAAGGGCUCCUUAAAAAGGUAAAAGCCCAUUGAAAAAUAACGAGAAAAAAAUAAAAAAAAAACCUCAAACCCUUGUGUUGUACUUGGUAAAAGAAUGUUGUAUUAGUGUAUGUGGCAGAUAGAUUAACUCCCAAAAUAUAGGAGAGUUGAACCUUCAAUCUUCAGUGUUGAAUGAUGAAAGGCAAAAUUGCCUAUAAGUUUUUGUUUUGAAACUCAACGUAAA